AUGAGUUUUAAAUUUAAUCCGAUUGCUUUUAUUAGUCGUCGAAGUUCAAAAGCUAAGGCUAAGGCACGCAGUGAAUCAGCUGAUCAAACAUCUUUGAGCCAGAAUGAAAGUGAUAAUGAAUUUCAAAGUCCAGUAGUCAGAUCUCGUACAAGGCCUUCGAAGAAAAUUUCAUCUGGACAAGAUCCAAAGUCUUUUCCUUCAUCUUCUUCUAUUCGAGCCCAGGUACUUGCAAGUCUUAGAAGAACUCGAAGUCCUAAGAGAAAAGCACAUCAAAGUUCGGUCAGGGCAACAUCUGUCCCGCCAAGUACAAUCGAAAAUAAUGCCGCAACCCACGCAGACGGUACCAUUACUAAUGCUACUGCCAAUGAUAAAGUAGCAUAUAUACUUAGUUCAAAAUAUGACGAACGACAAACAGAAGAAUGUGGAUCUCCAGCACCUCUAGCUCAAGAUGAUUGUUUUGAGCUGACAGAUAUAUCGGAUAUAGAAAAUGAUCCUUCAAAUAAACUUCAAACAUUUCAGCCGUCAACAAACGACGAUAAUGAGUCUAAUACGCCGAUUGGAUUUCAGUCACAAUCUCUCGAAAAUAUCAAUAUCGAAUCGAACGAUAUAUCGCCCAGUAUUGAUGUCAAUCAUAAUGCUAACGAAAAUGAUGUUGAUGAAAAUGUUUUAUCAACUUAUACGUAUGACAGUACAAAUUUAGAAUAUGAAUCAGAAGGUGAGAAUUCAACAGAAAAUGAGAAUGCAAUUUAUGCAAAUAAUGACAUUUACGAUGAUGAUGAUGAUGAUGAUAAAAGUGUAGAGAAAUUAGCAGUUGAAUACGAAAUCGAUUAUCCUGUAAUUGUUCAUAUGGAUUAUGAUGACGUUUUGUCACUUGAUACUAAACCAACAAAACAAUCAUUAUCAUCUAGUGAUAGUAAAGAGGGAUACGAUACGGAAGAGCAUGAUGAUGAUGAUAGUACAAAAAGUAUUCAAAGUUCAAUGAGCCAAUCAUUCACAUCUCUAAAACAUUCGGAAGCAGAGGAAGAGGAGAAUGAAGAAAAUAUGCAAUGGGAUACUAAUAAUGUAUACCAAGAUGAAAUUGAUAAUCAGCAACAUGUUUACAGUUACACAGAAGACAAUUAUUAUGAAUAUGAUGAUAAAACUCAACAACCAAUAGUUAUGACUGUUGAUGAAGAACAAACAAACGAAGUACCUGAAACCAUCUAUGACACGGAAUCACGUGAACAGGAGAAUAUUGAUCAAUAUAAAUCAAGUAAUGAUGAUCCCAAUCAAGAUCCAUUUUGUCUUGUUGAAUCAACUACUCGCCAUUCAGAGUGGAGAAAUAUGGAUGAUCACAGUAAUGCUUAUUUAACAACACCUUCAAUUAUUAUCACAUGUGCUUCUACUGAGAGCUUGAAGAAAAUAAGUGAUGAAUACAGUUCAACGCCUCCAGUGAGACCACCACCACCACCACCACCAAUUCCUCCAUCGCCUUCUCAUCCUGUUAGUACACCUAAAGCUCCAUCAUCACUAAAAGAAUUACCACCAAGACCACAAAAUCCUCAGUCUAAAAUAACUUCUCAAGAUGAUAUUUCCAAAAAGAAACGUAAAAAGGAUAAACUUUUUGGUUUAGUCGAUCUUGGACCACUACCAUCCGAUCCAGAUCCAAAUUUUCCAUUUCGUAGACAUUUUGAAAAAAGUGUUUUACCGAAUCCUAAAAAAGCUAUACAACGUAUUUUACGUGGAGAAACUAAAGCUGAACGACGUCAAAGAAAAGAACAACAAGAAUUAAAUCGUCUACUUAAAGGUCCCAUUGAAAAAACUGAACCAAUAAUUAAACUUGAGUCGUCACCACAUUCUAAAGAUUGGCAGGAAUUUCAACAGCUUACAGCAAGAAUACAAAGUACUGUUGAAGAGUCAGCAAGUAAAAUAAAAGCUUUAUCUUCAGUAUACUAUACUGAUGAUAAGCAACCUACUGAACUAACAACUGAUGACAUUAAGCCUGAAUUAGACUUAAGUGAAAAUUGGGCAAAUUUUGAUCAGAUAAAAACUACUGAAGAAGAAAAUUGGGCGAAUUUCAACCAGCCGGUUGCAAUAUCGACUGAUUUUACUGAAUUCAGUUCUUUGAAUACUGAAAACAAUUGGGCUAAUUUUCAAGCAGAAGAUUUAGAUCUUGACAAAAGUAACCUUGAAAACUGGGCAGAUUUCAAUCAGACUCCGACCACUAUUGAUUUGAAAGAAUUAGACCAACCAGAUAAUUGGGCUGCUUUUGAUCAAUCACAAAUUUCUAGGCCAGUUGUCGAUUCUAAACCAACUGAAGUUAUCAGUGAAAAUUGGGCAGAUUUUGAUACAUUACAAGCAGAUAAUCAAUAUCCUCUAGACACAGCAGUAGGUGAUGAAAACUGGGCAAAUUUCGACCUAACCGAGACAAACAAUAGUUCAUUGUUUGCUAAUACAGGAGAUAUAUUCGACGAAAACACUAUUUGUACAGAGCCAAGAAACACUGAUAAUUUGUUUUAUAACUUUGAGCACAUAAAUACUUUCACAGAAAAUCAAAUUGAACAGCAUUGUCGAGAAAAAGUAAGUGAAGAAGAAGCUCAUAGAGUAGAUCAAAUAACAAAAGAGAACAAUCUUUCCGAUUUAUAUUACGUAACAUAUACUGAAAAUUUACGGGAUUUUGAUCAAUUAGAAACUGAUCAAAAGUUACUUGAUUCAACUAACUCCAACAAGUCUCAACAUCCACAGAACCUUUCUCAUUUAGAAACCUCUGAGAUUUCCUUCGAAUUAGGGGUAACAGAACCGACACUUGAAGGUGAAACUAAAAAUAAUAAAACUCAUAGAGAUACUGACGAAGUUUUUAUCAGAAAACAGUCUAUCGACACAGGUGGCAGUCAUUAUACAGUAACUGAAGAUAAUUUAUUGGACUCUAACCAAACAGAAUAUUCUGAACAAGAAACUGGAUUUGAUCAUAUAAGGCAAACUAAGACUGACGAACAUUUUGACGAACCUGGUUAUCCAGCAACUGAGUUUAGCAGUAAUUUAUAUCAAACAGAAUCUGGCGAUAAUUUUUUUAUUGUAGAUCGUUCAGGAACUACUGAAAAUCUAUUUGGUUGUGAUUAUCUUUUCCCUGUUGAUAAGCUCUUUUGUCAAAAGGCUGUUGAUAUUACUCAAAAAGAAGCAACUGUUAGGAAUAGGUUAUCUAGUUCUGAAAAUAAAUUUAAUUGCAAUAACUCACAAGUUUUGAUAGAACCAAAUUCAUCAGAAAGUGAUAACCAAGAAAUAAUUCAAGAGAUACUUCAUACUACUGGUAAAGAUUUCAGUAAAUCAAACGUUCUACGGCUAAAUUUUAAAAAUAUGGAAGCAGAUAAGUUACACAGAUUUAAUGAACAAAGCGAUACCGAAGCUGUUCAGUCCAACCUGAUUAUGGAGAGUUCUGAUGAAAAUAAUCACAACGAUUACGAUAUAGAACAUGGAAAUUAUGAUCAAAAUGAUGAUUUUGAUCCGAAAAUUACAGCUGAUUCAAGUUCAGAUACAUCUUCAGAUGAAGAUCACGAAAAACAUGCUGUUAAUGAUGAAGACGAAGUAGAAGAAGCAGAAAUGGAAUCAAAAGUUUAUAGUAAUGUAAUCGGUGAAUAUGAAUUAGAAUAUCAUCAGAAUGAUGAAAAUACUGAUUCUACUGAUGAAGAGGGAAUGAUGUAUACAACAAAUACCAAAAAUAUUGAAGAGAAUAAAGAAGUCAGUCCAUUUUUUAAUGAUGCUUUUGAAGAUAUAUUGACAACUACAACAACAGAAACUAAAAGUAAAUCGAAUCUGGUUGAAAGAAAAAUAAGUAUGGAUGAUUUAAAAACUAUGAUUAGACCACGUGUUAAACCAGUUAGACAAGAAACUUUAUCAGGUAAUAAUCCGUUUCGUAAACGUUCAGAACUUGAUGAACUUGAUAUGAUGAACAUUAAUCCGCAUACCAUUGAUACUGAUGACAAUGCAACCGAUGAGUUAACACGUAUAGCAACUGGAAUUAAAUUAAUUAGUCCACAGAAUAAAAUAAAUCUUCACAGUAAGAUAAAAGAUAGUUUUGAUAGUAAUAACAGUGAAUCUUUCAAUGAAGAAGUUGAUGAAUCAAAAGAUGAACUAAAAAAUUCUGAAACAAUCGAGACAAUUCAAAAUAUCAAUGUGAAUUCAGAUGGAUUUGAUCCAUUGCAAACUAUUUAUCCAGAUAGUGAAAAUGAAAAUUCAUCUCCUACGAAUGAAUUAAAAACACUACACAUUACAAUAAAUGAAGACCAACAAAAUACUUCUACUAUGGAAGCGAAAUCAGCUGUUCUAUCAACAGAUAGAAAUAAUCAAUUGCCAGUCGUCAUACAACCUCCGCCACAACAAUCUAAACCAAUAAACAUCCUCGAUUUAGAAACUGAACCCAUUCAUAAUGAAGAUGAUAAAAUAAUAUCGAAAGAAGAUGAUCAUAUUACUGAUGAGACAAAUGCUAAUACUUCUCCUACUACACCUCCUGGAUGGGUGAAUUUCUCUGAUGAUGAGGUUGAGAAUAAUGGUAAUGAAAGCAAUUUUUCAUCAAAUGCUAUCGCUUUUAAACUUGAUAAAGAUGAUAUUGAUAAAGCAUUUGAAAUUCAUUGGCCACCAGAGGAUGAAAAUGACAGAAGUAAACCAGAACCAGCUUUCCCGGAACCACCUAGACCUGAAACACCAGAUCCUGAAUUAGACAUACCAUUUCAUCCAUUUGUUGAUACAGAAGAUACUUGGCGUUUGUGGUUAAGGUAUCCAGAGAAGAAAACACGUGUAAAACAAAUUAGCAAGUAUACAACAGAUAGAUACUGGCGUGAAGUAGCUGUCAGACUAAUUGAAGAACAUGGUCGUAAGGUAAUAGCUCUUCAUGAAAUUAAUGAGAAUACAGAUGAAAUUUCACCAGAACCAUAUAGAACCGUUCGUAUUGAACCGUAUAUGCAGUUAUCUAGAGAAAAAUUACAACAAUAUGAUAAGUAUGGUAAACUUCAUGUUUUUAAAUUAAAUCAUGUUUCUUACAAAGAAUUAGUUGGAAUGAGACCCGAGAAAUUUUCAAUUAAAAAUUUACAAAAUUUAGUUACCCAUAAGCCAAAACAAAAUAUCACAUUAGAUCAUAUACCAAUUUAUACAGAGAUAUUAAAAUUUGGUUCAUUAGAUCAGUCAAGAAUUCGUAGAUUGAUGCCGGUGUUUGAAGAUGCUCUAAUGAAAAUACCAUCACAUAAAGACACAUCAUUAAAUUAUAGUCGUGAAGAGGUUUGUUGUUAUGUUGUUGAUGAAUAUGAAGGAAAAUUAAAUAUGCAUGGGACAAUUUUAGAACAAAAAGCACGAACUAGAAUAUUCUGCACUGCAUUUGUUAAUGGCGGUCCGCACAUCGUACUUGGAUUAAAUGAUAAAUGGCGUUUUGGCCGAGAAAUUGUCCGACGUUCUGAUAUAUUGCCAGUUAUGCAUGAUGAAUGGAUAAGUAUACGAAAACCAGAAUUUCACUCAUGCGUACAAAUGGAUGAAUAUGAGAAAGAUCAUAUGUUACAAUUCUAUCCAUUAGACGGUUGCCGAUUUGAACUAUUAAGAUUUCGUGUUAGCUUGCGUGGCAACAGAGAAUUACCAAUGCAAGUCAAAGUCACAUAUACAAUCGAUGGACGCCGGGUAUCAAUGAGAUGUGACUUACUGGUACCAGGUUAUUUUAGUGCAAGUAAACGAUCUGGUGCUGUACCAUGUGAAAACGUUGAGAUCCAUAUACCUUUUCCAGAAGAAUGGAUAUAUCAUUUUCGAGUUGAAAAGCAUCAUAAAUAUGGAUCUGUACACUCUACAUUACGUAAACCAGGUAAAAUUAAAGGCCUAGAAAGGAUUACACAAAUGGCUCAAAGUUUACUACCACCAAGUAUGUUGGAAGCAAGUAUUGGCGUUGCAAAAUAUGAACAUUUAUACAAAGCUAUUGUAUGGCGUAUACCAAGAGUACCAGAAAAAUCGGAAGCAUCAUUUCGUCCACAUCUAUUAACCUGCAAUUUAGUAUUAGCUGCACAUGAUACAGUACCUGAAUGGGAAACUUUAGUUCCCCACUGUCAGAUUGAAUAUAGUAUGCCAUCAAGUACAGUAUCUGGUGCAACUGUACGUUCAAUUAGUGUUGAGCAUACAGGUAAUGCGGAGAAAUUUGUUAAAUAUCUCACCAAAUAUAAAUAUACAAUGGAUAUUGAUUAUCAAUUAGGUAGUCGUAAAGAGCCAGUUCUGAAAUCCCUUCUAGAUGAAGAUACAUCUAAUUUCUAUGAAAAUUCAAAUGAACAAACACAAUCAAAUAGAACACAUGAACAAACUACUUUAAAUGAUAGCAAUAGUGAUAAUGAUAACAAUAGUUACACAUUGAAUUCGAAUGAACAUAAUCGUGUAAACAAUAUGACAACAGUUAUUUCCAAUGAAACAGAAACAGAUCAGACAGGCCCUACAGAAUUUGGUGAUCUUUUAGGUUUGGGAGCCGAAUUCGACAUAAUGCCUGAUUCUCAAGUAGCACAAUCGAAGUACAGUAAUACAGAUGAUAUUUUUUGAAAAGACAACUAUAAUUCCAUACAGCAGAUUCUUCUAUAUAAUAAAACUGAAGAUAUUUCAUUCAUUUUUAUCAUAAACGAUUAUAUUUCAGCUGAAAAAAAAAACUUUUUUUCUUCUCACUUAACUACAAUGUAACAUGGUAAAUUCACUAUGCAUACUUACUGUCAUAUUACAUGUGAAAAAUACUACCUUGAAUUUUGUACUCUUAUUCUUUAAAUAAAUUUGUACACUACUUACAAUUAAGUAAUUUCAUGAGAUAACUGCUUAUUAACUAAUUGUACUAUUAGAUAAAAACAACCUGUCAAUAAAUAUUAUGUACUUAAACUACAAACAAAGUGGAGAUUCAAUUUUUGUCUUUGUUUUAAUGAAUCUUUUUAGUAAAUACUUUUUUUUGUGUUAAUGAUUCAUGUUCAAUUUAAUUUGAACAUGACUUCUUGAUAAACUUUCUACAUAAAAUAAAAAGCCAUCAACAUUAUAUUUAAUUUAUUAUCAGUGUAUUUGGGGUUAUUCUACUAAGAAAUAAUCACAAAAACAAAAUUACAAAAACCAUUCUAUUGAUAUUAUUAAUAUGCUAAUAUAAUAAAUGCGUCCCAGGCAAAGCCCUUCUGUGAUAGCCUGUACGAUUCCCAAUAUGAACAACUGAGUGUCAACUGAUUUUUUUUUCUUCUCUGUAUUCUCUAUUCUUUUCUAUGUCUGCACAAAAUAACCACCCAGUCAGAAAUUCAGUUCUUGCACAUUAGUAGAGCAUAUUUGUACAAUCCACUUAACCAACACGUAAGAAUACGUGCAAAAAAGAAAAAAACACACACAUAUUAUUACGCAUCAGUAAUAAGUUGUCUUAUUUAUUUUUAAGUUAUUCAUAUUAUCUUUUAAAAAACAAUGUCCA